UUCUUGUUCACAGGAGGCGUGCACUGCACUGGCAUGGUCAAAACCAGCGUUUCCUGAUUACAGCAAGUGCGCGUCCGCAGCGAGCGGAGGACCAGAGGAAACAUCACCCGACAGCAGACAUAACGCAGGCUUCAUGACGGCUAAGAGCGGCAAUAGACCGGCUGUUCCUCCCUGCCAGGUGUGGAACUAAUUCUAAACCCAGAAUGAGCACUAUACACUAGCUUGCUUUGAAACAUUUGUGGACAGAGGACAUUGGUGAGAGAGAGUUGGGGAGAGACAGAGACAGAGAGGACACCAUGGCUGUCUUCAAGCUGGAAAAUGUUGAAGACCUUUAUGAGAUUGGAGAUGUUUUGGGAAGUGGUCACUUUGGGCAGGUGCGCGAGGUUCGGGAGCGAUCCACUGGUGUUCUCUGGGCAGGGAAGUUCCUGAAACUGAAACGCGGUGCAGGAAGCAGGCUGGGCCUGGAGAGGAAGAGUGUGGAGAAGGAGGUGGAGAUCCUCCAGGGCCUCCAACAUCAGAGCAUCAUGGCCCUCAAAGAUGUUUUCGAGAGCAGGGCAGAGGUGGUCCUCAUUGUUGAGCUCAUAAAGGGUGGCGAACUCUUCGAUUUCAUCGCUGCGAAGGAAAACCUCACUGAGACAGAUGCCAUUGAGUUCUUGAAACAGAUUCUGGAAGGCGUAAGCUACAUGCACAAAAAAAACGUCUGUCACUUUGACCUGAAGCCGGAGAACAUCAUGUUGUCAGACAAGCUCGCUCCCAAUCCAGACAUCAAAAUCAUUGAUUUCGGCAUGGCCCAUCGAUUCAUUCAAGGGGAAGUGUACAAGAGCUUGGGUGGAACCCCCCAGUACAUUGCCCCUGAGAUCAUCAACUACGAGCCCCUUGGUACAGCUGCAGAUAUGUGGAGCAUUGGUGUCAUAACUUACAUCCUUUUGAGCGGCCUAUCCCCGUUCCAAGGGGAGACCGAUGAAGAGACUCUGAGGAACAUUGUGGCAAUGAACUACGAGUUUGAGCCUCAUUACUUCAGUCAAACCAGCACCAUGGCCAAAGACUUCAUCCUGAAACUACUAGUUAAAGAUCAAAGUGAAAGGAUGACAGCAGAUGAAUGCCUCGUUCACCCCUGGAUUAAGCCUCUCAAUAGAACUCAAAUUGCCAAGAGGAACCGCUCCUCCAUCAACAUGAAGAACUUUAAGCAGUUCAAUGCGAGGAGGAAAUGGAAGAUGUCCUUUAACAUGGUUUCGGCAUGUAAUCGAUUUUCUCGACUUCAGUUACUGUGUAAGGCCCGUGGUACCGAACAACAAGAACUGAGGGACUGUGAGAGCGAUCAGGAGGACACAGGGACAAAACCUGCCUCCCUGUUACGCCGGCGUCUUAGUAGCAACUCAUAAACAUCGCCGGUAGAGUGAGACAAAAGCUACAUGUUUCCCCCUUUAAGAGGAUGCAGUGCUUUGUGCCGCCUGUAGGGGGAGACAUUGCGCACUCCACCCGCAAUUCAAGGGAACACUUCCCCCACGGCUUUGGACCUGCGAUUGCCCAACUACCAGCUACAUAUUUAGUCACAGUGGAUGACAUAUUUUAAAAGAAGGACAUGAUAUCACCGUGGUAUUCUCCAAACUUUUAUGCAAGCAUAUUAAUAGAGUUCUACCUCUGACAGACAUUUUGAUGCUUCUACCUGAAAACCAGUGCAUUUUUUUUUCCUAUCUUGGAUCAGGCUACCAGAGAUCUUACCACCUAAUAUUGCAACAAUACUCUGUAAUACUGCCUCAUAUACAGCUACAAAAUGUAUUUUGUUUUAGAGACUUACAUUUUGUGAGAGCGAGUUGCCUUUUUAUCUGUUUGACAGAAUUGUUGUUGAAAUAUUGCGAAAGUGAAUAUUCUGUACCCAUAUAUUCUUUAGGACAGAGCCCCUGAGAGGACAGGGUGGGAUGUUUUUUUUUUUCUGAAAUAGUUUUGCCUUUAAUUCUGAAUCAUGGUUUUGCUAUAGUAAAAUUGUAAAAUGCAGUAACCAUAGUUUUUGGCAGAAAUCAUGGUUUAACAAUAGUAAUGUUGCAGUAACCAUGACUUCAGGCUAACUCUUUUUUUUUCUUCUUCUUUUUUAUGUGGCUGAAACCAUGGUUUCACUACAGUAUAUGUAGUAAAAACCAUAGUAACCACAAAAUUAUUAUUUUUAUUACCAUAGUUUUGGUUUUCCUGUAUUAUUACUAUGGUUUCUUCUAGUAUGGUUACUGUAGUAAAACCAUGGUAAAUUUAUUGUGAAAGGGCACACAAAACUGUUGCAAGGGAAUACAUACUAUUGCGAGGAUAAUCAGUCAUAUUGCGAGGGAAUGCAAAACUAAUUUAGAAAAAAAAUCCCACCCUGUCCUCUAAGGGGCUAGGUACUUAGUACUAGUACUGACAGUAUUAUUAUUAUUAUUUUUGUUUUUGUAUGUGCCUGGCAAGUUUACUAAUUAGUGGGCUACUUCAGUGAGGUCAAUGCUGAGGAUUAACGCUAUCCAUUUAUGACACUUACAAACAGCUGUUGUAAAUUGUCUAUUUUUGACACCUGUUAUGACAACGUAUUGACACAGACGGUUUAUAUACGUGUGUAUAUAUAUAUAUAUAUAUAUAUAUAUAUAUAUAUAUAUAUAUAUAUAUAUAUA